AGACGUCAUUAUAAAUUCGGCGGUUGUUCGUAGCAGCCGACCGAUACGUUUUACAUUUGUUUAUCUUGUGCAUAACACCCGUGUGUAGUGGUUUAGUUUCAACAACGUGCCCGCCAUUAUUAAUAAGCGUCCAAAAUGAAAUUCACGAUCGCAUUCAUCGCAUUUUUAUGUACAUCAAUGUCAUGGGCAAUUAACGCCAAAAAGGUCGAAGAACCAAAAGACAAGAGAGAAGCUCCACUCGGGUAUGCGGGAGGUGGACUAUCCGCGCAUAAUUACCAGGCACCGUCAUACGGCCACGAGGGUGCCAGCGCUAUCAGCGUCGGAGCAGGCUACAGUGUAGGUGGAGCAAAGCCAAGCUUCAGUUUCGGAGGACAUGGAGCCAGCGCCGCCUUCCAGCUCCCUUCAGAAGGCCUACAGUCCAGUGGUCAUGCAACCUUAAAAUUGCCACCGAUUACUUUACAGCCUAGCCACGGACUUGCUGCUAGCGAUCUCUCACAAUUAAUGAGCCAGCUCUCCCACAGUCUUAACUCUGGUACUUAUAAUUUGCAACCCGCGGCUGGUGCAGAGGCAUAUGCUGGUUUUCAACAGAUUGACAAUGGCGGCCAUGAGGCUUCACUUCCUCAGUACGCUUAUGCAUCUCCAAGCAUUCAACAAUACAGCGUCUCUGAACAACAGGUUUCAAGUGUUCCUUCAUAUGCUGCCGGCACAAAGGGUCUCGGUUCUUAUGGGUCUACUGGACCUGUAUUAUUCACUCCUUCAGAGGCCCAUGCCAGUUCUGCUGCUUUAAGCUACCCUGCUGUUAGCUCUGGUCAUUCGUUCGGUGACAUAUCUAGUGCAGGACUGUCGUUUGGCGGAGUGCCCAGUUCUGGAUACACUUUUGGUGGCGCUUCUGGUCAGUCCUACGGUGAAGGUUCUGUUCCUCACGGUGGUUCUGGACACUCCUUGGCUGGUUUUUCCUUUGGAGGCUCUGGAAAUUCUUAUAGUGGACCUUAUAAAAGUUUAAGCGCUGGAUAUACUGUACCAAGCAAAACCUCUUUUAAACCAUCAGCUUUCGUCGGUUCUUCUAUUCAAGGAGAUUCUAGCCAUGGUUUAUCUAGCCUUGCUGGAUCACACGGUACUCCGUCAUUUGCUAGUUUAAGUGGAAGCGGACAUGGCUUGUCUCUUAGUUCUGGAGGUCAUGGCGCCAGUUUUGGUGGUUCCUUCGGUGGUUUCGGAAGUGGGUCAUCAAAAUUCAUUGCACCCUCUUAUGCACCUACAAAAUCUGCAGGUUUCGGUUCUCUAGAAUCCAUUGCAAGUUACUCUUCUGGCGGACACUCUGCUUCUCCAUCUGGCACCACUUAUGGAGCGCCAUCAAAUUCUUUUGCACACUCUAAUAAUGCUCACGCAGCUUCCUCUUCAAAGCCUCAAUACUAUGUACCAUCUUCGAAAUAUCAUAGCUUCGGUGAGGGGAGUUCAUCGUACAAAGCGCCAAUAUCUAGCCACAGCUCUUUGAGCUCCUAUUCAUCGGGACCUAAAUAUAAUUUCGGUAGACAUGGACAUUCUAAGCUUCGUUAUGGUUCACCUGCGGACGCACAAGGUUCUUAUAGCGAGAACACAUAUAACACCAUUAAGUACAGCGAAGAGCUUAAACCGCGUGUCCAUUGAAUGUCGUGAUAUGAAUGAAUGAAUAUUCAAAAUUGCAAAUGUGGGAGGUAUGUUAUUGUAAAUACAGGAAAGAAUGAUGUUGUGGUUAUAAGUUGUGGUCUAGACGGAGAGAUAGCGUAGGCGCGUCGCUGGGAAAGUAUUGCUUUUGUUGUUAUUUAUUUGCGUAUGUUCCGCUAAUUGUCUGCGCGGCUACAUAGAAGCCGGCCGCCGUUCUAUUAAGAUCAUUUCUUGCUCUCGUAGGAGUGCUUUCAUUUUGGCGCCUUAAAUCUAACUUGUUAUUAUUUACCACACACUUGAAACUGGUUUUAUUAUAAGUAAAAAUCGUUUUUGUAACACGACGAAUUAGAUUUGUAACCACCGUUUGGAACCAUGCGUUUUGUAUCCACACGAAUGCAUGAAUCGUGAGUUUCUGUAAAUAUAUUGUUAAGAUUAUUAUUAUUUAUUAUUAGAAUUAUUUUAUAUGGAUUGUUAUUUUUCAAAAUAAACCUGUUAUUGUAAUGUACAA